UGCCUCUUGAUAUUUUAGCCAUAUUGAAAUCUAUUUUUUAUAAAGUAAGAAUUUUAAUUUGUUUUGAUACCCUAAAUAAACCAAUUUACACAUUAAUGGCAUUACCUUGGCAUAUCCCUUUGGAAUCGCUACCAAAAUUUAAAAAAAGCGGCGUUAAGGAAUCUCUUUUAAAACAUUACUGCUCGUGUAAUAUACAUGAAAAUCCUUGUGAAGAACUUAAAACGGGACUAAUGUGUGAUAUUGGUUAUAGCAAUAGAGACUCGAGUACAAUACAGAAACUAAUAGCUGCAGGAAUGACAGUAGCUCAUCUAAAUAUCAGAGAACUAGAACCUGAAGCAUGUGGACAGAUAAUUCAGAGUAUUAGACAAGCUGUUUAUAAUUAUAGUACAGAACUGCAAUACGUUCAUCCUUUAGCACUCAUAGUUGAUGUCAGAGGGCCUGAUAUUGUGUCAGGAGACUUAAAAGGAGGACCUCAUACAACAGUUGAAAUUAUGCAAAAUGAAACGAUUCGCCUGACGACGGAUACAACAUGGCGUGAAUGCGGCACUGCAGAUUGUUUAUAUAUAGGAUAUGACCAUCUCACUGAUUUGCACGUUAAUGAUAUAGUAUUUAUUGACAGUUUAACUGCCAAUAAAAUAAAAUUAAUUGUAUCUGAAGUCGGUGAUGAUUCUAUAGAAUGUUCAGUAGUUACUGGUGGAACGAUUGGUCCUAAAAUGGCUGUACAGAUUUCUCAAGUCCCACGGGAAAUCACUAAUCUAAAUAAAAAUGAUAGUUUAGAAUCCGUUUCACACAGUGACAUAUCUCAGCAGAACUUCGAACAACUAGAGGAACAAAUAAAAUGGGCCGUUUCUUCUGAUAUAGAUGCAGUUUUACUACCAAAUGCUCAGAGUGGAAACGAUAUUCGACAUAUUCGAAAUAUUCUGUCCAAUAAAGGAAAUCAUAUCUUAGUGUUCGCUUCUAUUGACACCGUUCAAGGAUUAGACAAUAUUGAUGAUAUACUUACUGAAGCUGACGGAAUAUAUUUGGAUAGAAGUGUUUUGAGCACUGAUCUACCCGUUGAAAAAAUUUUUAUAGCUCAGAAAAUAAUCAUGGCGAAAUGUAAUAAUCUUGGUAAACCGUGUAUCAGCAAAGCUGUAAUCAAUGAACAGAUCCCUACAUUGUGUGUUUCUGACAUCGCAAAUUUGGUUUUAGACGGUGUAGAUGUUAUUUCACUUGAGUUACAUUAUGAUUCACCAUUAAGGAAAUUUGCACCAGCUUAUGAUGCUGUUCGAAUGGCUGAGCAUUGCUUAGCUGCUGCAGCUGUUGUGUGUCGACACGCAGAGAGGAUUAUUUGGAAGCCUCACAUAUAUGGAAAUUUUGAACUGAUGCAAAGCCCUUUAGAGGAACCAACUAAAGCGAUAUGCGUUGGAGCAGUUGAGCUUGCUUUACGUUCACAAGCAGUUAUAAUCAUUUGCUUAACAAAUUCUGGUCGAACAGCUAAAAUUUUAUCCCAUGUGAAACCGCCUUGUCCCAUUAUUGCGGUAACCAGAACUUGUCACACGUCGAGACAACUACGUUUUUUUAAAGGGAUAAGAACAAUACAUUAUUUUGAAGAAGCAAAGUCUGCCUGGGAUUCUGAAGUUGAGAAUCGGGUAAGAGCGGCUCUAGACUAUUGUAAGAUAAAGCGUUUGGUGGAGGCAGGUGAUGCUUACAUUGUUGUUGCUGGUUCACGUCGUAAUGUAGGGUACUGCGAUUCGGUACGACUAUUAUACGCAAGUGUCCGCAAUAGAAUUAGCAUACAAUAA